CCUCCCCGAGGGAAAUCGCGCUGUCGUCCGGCGUAGCUGUACACGAGAGAGCCGUGUCCAUUGUGCUGGACGUCCCCGCGAGAUCAUGGAGGUCCUGCCGUGUCCCGUCAACGUCGACUUCAGCAACACCCGAGCUGGAAGCGAGACGGACGAAUUGGAUGGUGCCUGUCAGGCGCUGGCGAAGAGGCUGGAGGUCGAGCUCAGAAGGGCCAAACACGCCCAGCUGGCUUGCGGCGAAGUCCUCCUACCGGCCGAUUUGCUGCCCAAGAUAGCCAAAGAUGUACUUACAAUGGCGGAGAACGAGCCCUGUGGACUUCGAGGCUGCACGUUAUUCAUCAGCUUCGAGACGGACAGCAUGUGCCGCAAACUAUCGAGAAUACAGUGCGAUCCCAGCACUGUAUCGACGUUCGAGCUUUAUCUCACGCUGAAGCAGGACCACACGUCCUGGCACAUGCUGCUGCCUCAAUUCUUAAAAAAUCUCACGCGUGGUGGCACCAUCAUGAUCAGUAGGGACUUCACUUUGCAAAAGAAGAAACUCUACAGGUCUUUCCAGCAAUCUCAUUGAGAGACUUCGCGAUUAAACACUGGGGUUUUGCACGUUUAACGAUUCACUCGUUUUGCUUCAACGGGUGCCGCCAUUUUUGUCAGUCUGUCGCCCUGUGGGGGUCAGCCAAAUUUGUACAAGAAUAUCAGAAGACCAGGAAACAAAAAAAAAGCUAAGACGGCGGAAGCAGUAAUGCAGACCUGAGGUUAGAUUUCGUCGUUGUAACGGCACGCUGUAAAACCAUUCGCGUACCAAGGUCGCAAUUGCGCGAAAGAUGUUGCGUUUAACCCUUUAACUUACAGAUUACACAUUUGAAUUUUUCUAAAUGAUUGACAUUUCACUUACGAGAGAUCGUAGAGGCUUUUUGAACGAGGAUACUCGCACGCACGAGUGCGGGAAUGCGAGAAUUAUUAUGUGUGUUUAGAAUUUAUUCAUUGGAUAUGUAAAGAAAAUGAACUAGUUCGUAGAAAUACUGCUUUAUAUACGAUGUAAAAUAGUUGCAGUCUGUGCGCAACAGUUUUACGAAGUUAAAUCUUGUGUCGAAGGUCUAGUAAUGCAUGGAAAUCGAAAAAAAAAUUGAACAAUCUUUGUGUCCACAGAUCUAAUAGUUUAACAAAACCGAAGCAACUAUACCGAAAGAUUUCAGACAUCUCAAUCUAUUAGAACUGAAAAUUGAAGAAUCCAGAAUUAUAAAUCCGAGAAAAAGUUAAACGAUUAGAUUCGAGGGACACUGAAAUUGAAAAAAAAAAAAACUUUGCAAGGCUAGUUUGUAAGAUGUACUCGUACGUAGAAUUUGAAGAUCGUUGGAGCUGCAAAACCGUAGAAUUUAAGGCUUCCAAAUCUAGGAAUCUAGAUUUGGAAUUUACAAGUAUUGUAACGGUAAGGAUGAAUCUAACGUUCUCACUGUUGAACGGUAAAGUUCAGUUAAAGGGUUAACGAUAACAGAAUCGCUCUUUGUGUUUUGUCUGCUGUCACCAUGCAAUACUGUAUUCAAGGAGAGAGGCCUAUUACGCGUUCGAUAAUUGUGAUAGCGCGAGACAAGUUCUAGUAGUAGCAGAUCUAAUAUCGCGAGGUGGCUCUCGCGUCUUCGUUCUUGAAGAGGAUAUGUGAUUAUAAGACUUGUAACAAAUUUCACGUGAUACGUAGCGAAUACGAUUAGUUUUUAGAGAGCGCGUUUUACUGAUUAAUAUCGUAGUGAGGUAGCUAUUAGUCGCGUCGGAUGUUUAGUGACGAUCCUUCGAAGCUCGUGCGUCUCUCACACGCAGACGAGCACACACAUACACACAUACACAGACACAUACACGCAUCGUUCAUUUUUCAUUGUGAAAUGUAAAAGAAUCAUGUUAGAGUAAUGUGGCAGCAUAUUUCCCAAAUAGGAACCUUAGAUGAAAAUCUUGCGGGACAGUCCUAGAAAAAUGGAUACCAAUGGGAUUUUCGAAUUACUGUUGAUAUUAAUAUCUAGAAUAAAUUCGAAUAUAUAAUCAUAUAAUCGAAUUACUUACAUUGAGAAGCAGAAUUAAGAAUUUAAAUAAUCCACAUUUUUCAGAAGUUUCACACUUUUCUGAGAAAUGGUUUUGUUUUCUUUCUUAAAGUAUUACGACGAAAAUAAUUUUAGUAGGGUGUUCUCAUGGUGCACAUGUUUCUGGGACAUCCCGUAUGUGUCCUGUUGGUAGAUGGUACAGAUGUUCAGCCCAUACCGUCAUUCCAUCGAUCGAUCUUUCUCCCUCGUCAUUUUCUCCCUUCAUAAGUCGCUUUCGCUAUGUGCGAAAAAAAUCUCAUUAAAUUACAAUAACAUCUUCUCUCGAUGUCGCAAUGCUGAUAAUCGUGUUUCCGUGAUAUCACUGAUAAAUAUAUUAAUCGUUCACGCGAUUAUUACCGGUUAAUUACCGUCUCUAUAACUUAUUUGAGCCAUCGAGUUUGUUGUCUGCAUUGUUAGUGCGUGACAUUUCGUUUCAGCAUUUAAAUUUCGUGUUUUGGAGAUUUUUUGCGAGUACGAAAUUAUUUUGAUGAAUGUUCUUUAAUGAGUUCUAUUCGAAGUUUUUGUAAAACUCGUCGUGGAUUUUUCGUUACGAUAUGUUCAUGGUAUGCGGGAUUAAGAAGAUCCUUUUAACGAGGUAGUAAAGCGAUACAAUUUCCUACACUUCAGAAUGUCUUAGACUUGUUAAGAGAGAGAUGAGAGAAACAAUCUUUGCAGUCUAACUGUCACACUCUCCAACAUAUAUAAAAGCUAAUCGUGUAGAAUCAUAUGCAAGCUAAUGACGUAAUGUAUAUCCACUAGACUAGAUAGUUGAACUACUAUAUUUCUCGGUAAUCUGAGGAAUGAUCCAUCUUGAAACUGUAUCGCUUUAAUUCUAUGCAACUUCAAACGGAUUUUCACAGAGAAACAAUGAUGAGAUGAGCUCGCGUUCGCCGUUUAACGCGCUGAAAGGGACGAAGGAUUAGAGAGAGGAUUAACGUUCUGCCAUUAAUUUAUUGUUCACAAUCUUCGCUUCAGUUUGUCUUAUUAUUAUUCGUUGACUACCGUACGUACUACUACUUACGUUGUGGUUGAUACCUGUUCACGUUUUCUUUGUGUCUACUUUUUUAAAUUUCUUUAUCCCCUUUUUCGUUCUGGUUUUUUUUUACUUUGUUUUUCGUUGCUUUUCGUCGCGAUUAAAGACCUUAGUGAUAUGACGGUAUUGUGAUAUUAAGCAUUACGAAGUGAUUAAGAAAAAGCAAGUGUGUGAUUAUUGUUAGGAUUUAAAGUUUUCUUCGCGGGGUCGAGAGAAACGUGUUGCGUAGGGAUAUAAACUCCCCUGUUUUACCUUUGUGCAA